AUGCUGGGAAUUUUGUCAAAAAAUGUCCGACUCAGUGUGCCAGGUGCAUUAGUAAAAGUGAUGCUGAGGGUCUCCAACCCGACGCCUCCGGGUCCAGGUGUGGACGGUGGCAGCUACAACGGCUUUUUCAGCAUAGAUAAGCGAAAAAAGCAAGUUACUCUUACGGAUCCUUCCAUUUGUAAUGGCUCCGCCGCCCCCGAGGACAGGCGGGUGGGGGUGGCGGCUCCCAAGAUGUUCGCCUUCGAUGCUAUUUUUUCCCAGGACGAUUCUCAGACCGAGGUUUGUUCAAGUGCCCUCACCGAUGUUGUCCAUGCUGUCAUCAACGGUACUGAUGGUUGUCUCUUUUGCUUCGGACAAGCUGGAUUAGAUUCGGAACAAUCACCGGGAAUGUACCUAAGAGACGAACACCUCUUUGGUAACCAACCACCUCACUGUGAGUUGCGAGUACCUAGUGCUGAAAGAGCUGCCCACUAUUUAGAUGCUGCUAUCGAGUGUCGUUCGUGCCACAAGGAAGAUUCUAGGGAUUCCCAUUUUUUAUUCACAUUACACGUAUACCAGUAUAGUGUUGCUGGAAAGGGUGGAGUGGCUGGUGGUCGAAGUCGUCUACACCUCAUCGAUCUCGGCAACUCCGAUCGAAGCAAAUCCAGCGGAGGGAUUCCCUUGUCGGGCGUCGGUAACAUCAUCCUUGCAAUUUUCAACGGUCAGAAGCAUCUGCCAUAUAAAGAACAUAAACUGACGCAACUGUUGAAGGAAUGUCUAGGCUGUGUGACGUGCCAUGCUACGAUGAUAGCCCAUGUGUCGCCGUUGGCUCAGAACUAUUUGGAUACAUUGACCACCGUUCAGUUAGCUUCGAGAAUACAUCGAAUGAGGCGGAAAAGGAUUAAGUUUGUAUCGACAGCAGCAGGAAAUGGUUCAGGAGGUUCCAUUGCUGAACAAAGACCAUCACCGUCCAAGUCAAGCAAAUCUGAGGAAAGGAACAACCAGCAACGAAACGUGGCUGAAGCUUUCCAUCUUAUGAAAGAAAAAUGCCAUGUACGGAAACGAGAAACUUGGAUAGAUGGACCAAUGAAAGAAGACACCAGUUGCUCCUAUGGUUACAUGGACAGCCAUAAGAAAAAUAUGAUAAGGAAAUGGGUAGAACACCAGACUAUACAGAUCCAGAAGUCACGACAUGUUAUACCAAAGGCUACGACUGUAAAAUUAAAGGAAACGCCAAAAGAGGUGCCACAAAUCCAACCAAGUGAACAGACUGAAAAUCUACCAGAGGUCAACAAUUCAAGAAAACAAGAUUCUACAGAAGAUUCAUCAAUCUCACGAAAACCGCCAUCUGUUGAAGAAGACCUAGAAGAUGAAGAAGAACCGGAAAUACCACCUCCUCUACCAUUAAUUCAACCGUUGAGUAGCAGAGAAGUGUCGCUAGAAAGUUUAGACCAAAUCCUCAAAGACAGAAUGAUCUCAAACGCCGAAUAUAACAACUAUCAAAAAUUUGCUUUUGAAGACCUUAAUACUCAAGAUGAAGUAUUAGAAAUAAUAGAAGUCGAGGAGCCUUUAGAACCAGUACCUAUGCAAGAUAGUUGCUUGCAAGUAACCGAAGAGGACAUUGCUUUGUGUAUGGGUUACGUUGAGAAUCCAUUACCAGAAGUCGAUCAAGAAAAUCCUCUUGAUCAUCCUCUUAGGAUACUAAGUCAGGAAAAUCUGACUGUUGUGUCCACUUUUACAGACUCUUUGUCAGCAUUUAGUGAUCUGGAUAGGAUUCUGCCAAGGUAUCAUCUAGACAUGAAUGGGUAUUACAACGAUUAUGAAGAUGUCGAUAAUCCGACGUUACAUAACAACAUGACAGAUGAUCCCUCCAUGACAAAAUUAAAUCAGCUUACCCGUUUACACGAACUUUACAGUAACGAACUCUCCAAAGCGAAGGUUUGUAAUCCAAGAAGCAGUACCAAAGACAAAAUGUCAAGGUGCGAGUCACUUACUUUGGCAGAUAUGUUGUUUGGAAGUGAGAAGGAACGAAACGAUGACGGGAGUAUAUACAGCGAACCGGUUUACGUUCAGGAUAAGUUCUGUGAAAACUGUAAAAUUAAUAUGUAUAAUCAUGAUGAAAGAGAUACAUUAUCAAAUCUACGUCAUCCAGAUGGAGCGUCAAAUCCGAAUUUAGAACAGGAAUUAAGUACGAGAUUAUCUUCAAGUGUGCUUCCAGAAUUUAUAACUGCUCAACCAACACCUCCACCAAAUAGUCUUCCGUCAGUGGAGAGAAUAAACCGAGCAAUACUAAACCUAGAAACAGGAAUAGCUGCCAUCAAAAUGAGUAGGAAACUAGGAGACGGUGGCCAGAAAUCCGAAGAGUACGACAGCGGUCACGAUUCCACACCUAGAACGUCCAAACACAGUCCAGCAGGUAUUUCCAGAAGAGCCGAAAGCGGAUACGAUAGUAUCGUUCGGGACUCGGAAAAUUCUAGCAUCGAUUCUGAGCAUAGUCGAAUUUUUCACAGUCGAAGAGGAAAAUGUAAACAUAAGCACGAUAAGUCGUUUUGUUCUUGGUUUUUGAUGCCUUUUACAUGUAAAUAUAUCGAUGAACCACCAGAAACCCACUUUUAG